UAUCACAGUCAAAACAAAGAAGCACUUUGUUCGUAUCAUUCGAUUCUAAGUAAAACCUAAAUGUUAUGCUUCCAUCGUACUUGUGUUGGUAGACCAAUCGUGUACAGUAAAGUAACGAAAGUGAUCGGAUACAUACUGCGAUUCAGUUGUAUCGUCUGGUUUAGUUAUGAUUUGUUUACAUUUAGUAGCUUGUUGAAUCAUCAAAAAUUCUUGACAGUGAGCGAAAUGGGCUAAGAGAAGCGGUGUGUCAGUGCAGAUUAAGCAAAUAAAGUUAUCAAUAUCUAAACGUUAAUAGCAAAGAAAAGCUGAUGCAAUGGCUACACUCGAAAAACCUAGAACGAAGAAAUCGAAGACAAAGCUAAAACCACUGGUUUUGCCAGACGUCCCAACUGGUGAACCGUUGGAAAGUGAAGGAGAUCUUUUCGAACCGCUCGCGACGGUGGAUAUCGAUUUCCCCAGUACUUCAACGUCAGAGGAGGCUCCAGCUGUCCUGAUGGAUGUGAGAAAUUUGACGCUAGAAGCAGAAAAUGAAGACGAACGAAAUCUAACUGAUAGCGAGAAAAUGUUUCAAUCGGAAAGUGAAGUACAAGAGGAGGAGCUUUCCGUAGAAGCGACUGCGCCUACGGCUCCUGUUUUCGAUGAUAUCGUUAAGGAUAUAAACCCUCAACAAGCUGAACUAGUAGCACGGGAGGCUGUGCAAUCUUUAUAUCCGAACUUGAAUGAAAUUGAAUUUAUCACUGAUAAGCAGCAGCCGUCCGAUGUGCUAUCAAUGAAACCAUACAGCCGUGAACAGUUGGCCCAAUUUUACCGGGUUGAUAACGAACUUCGCCUGGCGGAGGCAUUCGAACAGGAGUUCAUUGAUCGGGAGCUACAGGGAAACGAACAGUGCGUCAACCAUCCGCUUUAUCAUCUGCUACAGUGCUACGCCAAAGCGCGAGCUGACUUAAGUCUCAACCUACUGGAGUGUGAGGCACUGCAACGCAAAAGUAAAACACUAGCGAGAGAACUAUGGCUUCUGAAGGAACAAACUUUCAUAGGAACCGAAACUUGCGGCGAUGGGAAGUUACUGCGGAUCAGCCAUCAAUCCAUAGUCGCAACGCUGAAGCAGAACACAAUGGACGAGCUUUGUGCGACGUUGAAAGAACUGAUCAAGCAUUCCUGCUUCCAGUGUAAUCAAAGUGCGUACGAGGUAGACGCAACGCGGCUCAAAAUCAAUCAGAAAAUUUUCGAAACUCUCAACCUACACUCACAUCUAGCCUCGCUGCCCCCGGAUGCUCCGGUUGUACUACUUAAUUCGACUGACUGCUCGACCGACCUUUCGAUGGCCAUCGGUGAGCUGCGUCUUUGUGUCUCGAUACUGUUUUGCUUCCUGCGGAAAGAUAUCACAGACAAACGGUUCCUGUCGGAUGUUAAAUCCUGGAUCGGAAAGCUGGUGGCCACUCAGCUACGAAUUGCCAACGCUCACGAUCAUCUGUUUGUACUGUUUCACGUUCUGCGAAGUCCCAGUGGUAUUUCGAACUGGGCCACCAGAAUGAUUCAGCUGCCCGUCGGAGAGGACUUCCAGUGGGGCAGCACUCGAUUUCAGCAUGUUUUGACUGUGAUGGCAUCGAUUCUUCUGCCGAUCCGGAAGAGGAACGAGUUUCUGGAGAAGCUCAAGAUGGACAUGUCACGUUCGAUCGAUGUCGUGCAGGAGGAAAUGUGGGCAAUCGUAGACAGCGAUGGGGAAGAUUACUGUGGUUCGGAUACGAUUUCCGAAUUGAAGGAAGGAGAUUUAGUUGCACUGAUUAAUCAGAUCCCCUUUGGAAAUGUUUUUCGUGCGAUGACUCAGACCGACGAACGGCUUGAUGGAUCGUUUCGAUUGAAUGAGGAAACCAUUAGCGGAACGUAUCUGCUAAAAUCGAUCGCAUUUGGAGCGACUUUUGUUGAGCUGUUGGGAAACGGAUUAAUCACCUACGAUGCCGAUCGGUACCGGCAGUUUGCCAAACGAGUAGCGAGGUUGAUCAAACAUACCGUGUUCUAUGGCAGUGACCUAUACCGUAUCUUCGAACAGCGUUGUAAAAGCUGCAAAGUAAUGGCAGAUCCGACUCAGCUCAGUAGAAUCGGUUUGGAAUUUGACAUUUUUGUCGUUCGUUCGGCACAAUACAUAUACCGUUCGAGAAAGAUCGGGACGUGGCAAUAUUUGACGGGUUUCCCGUUUGACCAACUUAAUAUCAGCGCCCUGUGGAAACUUUACUACUGUUUACAUCUAGACGAGUUCAAGGAAGAGCUGAUAGCAGAUGUGGACAAUGACUUUCGGGGGUCUUGUGUUGGUGACGAGUGCCGCGAAAGGUUUCGAAAUAGUCUACUGGAAAUGCCAUCCGAAGAUCUGUACUAUCUUCUACAGGUCUUCUCCAACAUGGCACUGUCUAGGGAUACGAGUGAUUUCGAUUUCAUUGAAACUGUGGCUUUGAACCUGUUCGACAUCGGAUAUCUUAAUGAACACACCAAAGACUUUUGCUACAAAGCAGUUAAGGACCUGCUGUUCAAUAUUGUUUCCAAGUAUCCUUCGUUGGUAUCGAAUUUACUACAAUCUUUGAAGCAGGAUGUUACCGCAGCCGAUUCGUCAGCCAUGUACAUCUUCAAAUCGCUUCCUCUGGACAGGUGGAAACCACUGUGGGCUGAUUUUGAACUGCUUGCCACCUGGAUCCUGAACUAUUCCUUCGACGCAAUACAAAGUUCGACGGCGCGGGUGAUUCUGAUUCACCUCAACUACAAUUUUGAUCAAAAUGACGACCUGUUUUUACCACACGACAUCCACGUUCGGAUCGCUUGUCUCAUCACCGAAGUGUACAGCAAACACGUUCCGGAAACACUCAACGGUUCCCAAGGAUUGGCUGCAUCCGUAAGCAGUUUGGUGAAGAACAAGACGGCCCAAGAACAGUUCCUUGCGUGGUGCUGGAACAUGGUUGGCAUGUUGCGGCUUCACUGCAUGGAUCAAAGUACGACGGCCAUCAAGGAAAUGGUGAAAAAUCCCACUUUAAUUCACCGCCAUGUUCUCGAGAUAGAGCGAGCCCAACAGAUUUACCAGGGAGUUACCGAGAAUCGUCCGUUGGCGAUUUAUUUGGCAAUACUGAUAAGCCAAUGGGGACAUUCCGUGCCACAAAUUUGCCACAAAGGAUUGGAGCAGAUUCGGCUUUUGCUGAACGAUCACCGCUAUGCGGCGGUGGUGCGAUGUCUUCAGUUAAUCAGCCCCUUAUUCUUGGAAUGCCCGGACAGUUUGAGUCGUUGCGAAGCAUUCAAAUCUAUCCUGUUAAGUCUGAUUGCGGCCGAUAGAUAUUAUGCGCGAUUUACCAAGGAUCAAUUCCAGUCGGAAUCGAACACACCGGUGACUGAAAUGCUCAAGUGUAUGAUUCUCUCGCAAAUCACCAACUACACGCAAUAUGGACUAACGUCACCAACGCUGCUCAUCAACGGUUGGCUGCUUUGCCUUAGUGAACUACCGAACUGGACAAAAGAUUCAGCAGUACUCGGAAUUCUAGAUGCAAUGCUUGGCGUGGCUUACCAAUUUCCCGACUCGUGGCACUCGACGAAAGAGUUUUUCCGACCCUUCUACUCCCGCUUCGAAGAUAUUAAAAUCACCAAAACGUCGGGACUGCUGACUCUGCUGGUUUCGAGCCCGAUCGAUUUGUUCACAACACCGUCGGCUUCAACUGUUUUCCUCUCGAUCUUCACCCUCGAACUAGAGUACGAAAUUACCGAGAUCCAAACCCGCAUAUGGCACGAGAUCUUGCGCUCCAUCGGAAUGCCGACCGUUUCAUCCAAAGUGUCGCUGGAUACGGCAGUAAGAAAAUCUACUUCAAUCCUAGGCUACCCUGCGUUUCCGGUUAACGCCCUGGCGUUGUUCAAACUGGCCAACCUGGUGGCAAGUUGUUCGAUCAAGAACUACAUGUAUCCCAUCGUGUGCCAGCUGUUCUUUACGAUCUAUCUUUCACGAAUUCCGCUAGCACAGGAUGAGGAACGGUUUGCUCACUUGUUUGGCAUUGCCGAUCGGUUCUACGAACAGAACGUGGGACUGAUGAAACGCAUCAAAAAACAACUGUACGAAGCCGAGUGCUAUUACAAUGCAGCAUCCGUAAGCGAAACCGAAGAAAGGCAGCUUUCGUUCUACAACCACUGUACGAGAUUUUUCAAGACCCUGCAGCUGUGGCUGGAAGAUACACAACUGAACCGGAUUCGGGCGCAAUCCAUCGACCUACCACCGCAGUUUGACUGUCACCGACUGGCUUCAAUCUUCCGAGGUAAUCGUGAUCAUUGGGUAGAUUUAAUCGAUCUUCGUGGUAUCCGAAACGAUCAUCGGGAUUUGGCUAACAGUUGGCAGAAGCUUUGCUUUCGAUAUGCACCCAGCGUGGCAGCGAUCAGUUCACCAGUUCGCUCCAUCAAUCCUAGUCUAAGUAACAUUGACCUGCAAGAUCCCAAGCAGUCGAUAUUCAAGCGUCUUGCAGCGUAUGAUGCACCCGUUCCUCCACCACCAGUGUUCAAAGCUGUCUCCUUAGCCAACCCCAUCAAUGUGGCCUCCCAAAGCUUCAGUGCCCUAAUCUCUACCUUCAAGUCUGAAUUUGCCAUUUUGGAUUCCUACGCGAAAAAGGAAUUUCACGUUCUGUACAACGAACACCUACUGCUGGACUCUUCCUACCUGGAACUGGCUCAAAAACUCUACGUCAACGACGAAAAAAUUGUCCGGAAAGAUGUCGGUUGCUCGAGUAGUUGCAAAGCGGUCAGGAGAAUCCCGAUCAAGUACAGGGAAGCCAAAUUGAACGAAAAUGUCAGUGCAACCAUGAGAGAAAAUCGAUCCGUUCACGAAGCUGCAAUCAAGCGAGAGACGAAACUACCGGAUGAAGUCGUGAAGGCUUCCGUGAGGAUCGAUGCCUUUCUGAAACAGCUGGUUGAAGUUUAUCUCGAAUUCAAGUUCAGCAGCGAUGUGAAGGUGUGCGAUAAAGUGAACAAAGUGGCGACCACAUUGUUCUACGAAUUCGUGGACAAAAUGAACGAUUACAAUCAGCUGUGUCCUCUGACCAAGACGACCUGCUCGCUGGGAAUCUCUCAGUUGGGGUUCUUCAUGCAAGAAAAUCAAAACGAGGAAGGAAUCAAGCUGUUAAAUAUCGCGCUGAAGCGUGCCGAUUUAGUGAGUCUGAUUACGGAACUGCUAGUGCCGGCUAACUGCCCUGCGCAGUAUUUCCUGCGAAUGUACGGUUUCAUAAUUGAUUCGCACAUCAAAAAGUGCGACACGCACGUUCUGUUUGUCCUGCUUUCAAAGUUUGACAUCAUCAGUUGGAUGAAUCGGCAUCGGCCGAAGCUGGUCGAUGUUAACCAACUGGCCGAACUGAUUCUCCGGGGACUGGAGGGAUGGAACCAACAAAAUGCUCUACUUAUUCAGGAUCUCCUUCAACGGCACCUGAUCCAUCUUUUUGAGUAUGACUUCCCGGAACACUAUGGCGAUAUCCUGCAGAUGAGUUUGGUCGCUUCAUCAAAGAAGAAAGUAAUGCCUAAGGUUCUGUUGGAGUUGAUCAAUUCCAUGCGGCGUAUGGUCGGCUGUCAGCCAGUGGCAUUCGGGCUGGGGUUGGUAGCCAUUAAGGAAGAGUUCCGCGCUUUUGCCACCAAGCAGAGUGUUCUUUCGUACAAGGACAUCAUCGAUACGACCGUUUUGCUGACUCAACACUUCCAGCAGGAACGUCUGAGCCACGGUUUGCACGGUUUAUAUCCGAAGCACAGCGAUUACUGCGAGGUGAUUUCACUGAUGCUGGGCACGAUGGGUCAUGCAGCUGUGGUGGCCGCCGUUCACACCUAUCCGGGUGUUUUGGCCGAAGAUCUUAUCAACUGGCUGUGGCCUGCGCUGUGCGAUAUGUUCUCACCCUGGCUGAUCCCGUACUUCCCGCAAAACAUGAAACAACAGUUGCAGCUGGCAAAUUGGAUACAGCAGGUCGCAGGUGACAGUACGAUUUUGCCACCGUGGAGUGAGCUUCAUGCCGACACCGCAUUCCGAAUGGUCAAAGUAUUCGAACACUGUCUGCAGUACCUGAUGGACACAUUCCCCUUCACUAGUGCCAUUCUGGGGCACCUUUUCUACUGGUACGAACUGAACUUUGCACAUCCAGUCUGUCCCCGGUUUGUGGUCCUCCCCAUUCAUACCAAUUUGAUGAACCUAGCCUGGGAUCGGUUCCGGCCUGCACCGGGUCACAUUACCGGAUUCAGUCGCAUUUUACAGCAGUUCAUCCCGGAGAGCCAUCUUUUUGUGGGGCACAUCUUUAUCCGAAUCGCGUGGACUCCUUGGUUGCAACAGAACAUACAAACGUGGGACUAUCAACUCCGAUAUCAGAUGCUUUCGUCGCUGUUGAUGAUCUUCGUUAAAAUAUCGUACGAACCGAACGCUCGGGAUGGUCUGAAAAUCGUUACGUUGCUACAGGAAGCCUGCGACUACCCGUGGCAUCUGCUGGAAUACCAAGGCGUCGAAGCGGUUCUCGAUUGGUUCGUCCUAUCAGCGGAACCCUCGGUGGUUCUAAAAAUGCCAUCGGAAAACGAAGCUGUUGACAGUGCCAUGCUCGAUUUGCUACAGGUUGCCUCCGCAAUGAAAUUCAAUCCGAGCAAUCCGCUGGAAUCAUCCACGUUGCAGUCGCAGAUACAAACCAAACGAAUUCUGUAUGUCAGAACAACGGUUCGGCUAUUGAAUGCCUGUGGAUCCAAAUAUCAAAAGUUACUGGGAACGAAACCGGGAGUACAGGCGUUUCAAAAUGCUGUGCUGGGACUUCUGAAUAUGAUCGAGACGGUCCUGUUGCAGAUUAAAUCGACCAAGGAUCGUGAAUUCGAUGCGAAGAAUCUAGUGGCCGAAGUGGUUGUUUCGCUUCAGGCGCAGGGAGAAUACAGUCGGAAAUUGUUCAUCGAUGCCCUCAUCUUGUGGAUCGAGAACUGCCGAACCAGUGAUAGCUAUAUGAUCCCCUCGACCUUGGAUGCGCUCGGUUUGUGCAAAAGCUUUACGGUCAAUAUGUAUCUACUGUUGGAGGAAGUCAUCUACCAUUACUUCAGUAAAUCGUGGCGCGGGCAAACCACCAACGAAGGUGACCCGAUUUUGGACGCAUCUUGGACAAAGGUAAUCCACAGAGUUGGACCGAGAACCGUUAAAGCUUUCGACGAACAGGUGUUGGUUAAACAACGGUACCUUCUUGGACUACAUCUGGUGGUGUUGCAAAAAUUGCAAGAAGCACCAACGAGUGGCGACAAAAUUUUAAUCCUGCAGAAACUGUUUCGACUGAUUGAUGACUUAAAAGUUAGUGAAUCGGAUGAGACCAAAAUGAUUUUGCUUUGGAGCAUGAUGGUAGUGAUUGGUGUGGAAAUCUGGAAAGAAAACUUCAACAGCCAUAGCCAUCUGCUGACUUUAGCGCGCUAUCUGCAGUGUUGUUCCAAGGAAUCGGAAAGCUGGGGAGAAGGGCUGCUGGGUGCAAUCGGCAUCCGUAAGGAUGGAAUCAGUAUCCGAAGGAAGAUACUGGCCAAAUGCCUUUCAUGCAUUGUGUUCCUCCUGUUUAGCGAAGACGUGGUCGAAGCUGUGGAAACGAUAGACGGUCCUCCAUCGAUCGGCUCCAACAAUCGGUGCCGGGAAUACGUACAGGCCAUGGCCGACCUGAAGCAGACGUUGGCUAACAAGAGAUUUGCCGAUGUGCACGUGAGAACGCGAGCGGCUAUCAAUUUGAUUGAAAAUACCGCCAUGGUCACGCACAUCGGACAGAAUGUGUUCAAAAUUUUGAGGUUGUUCUGCGACGAGCAUUUCUUUCACUCGGUGGAGUUUGUCUGGAAGGCAUAAAGUAACGAAGAUGAAUGUUUAUAUUAUUGGUUCAUCUAUGAACCAUUGUUGGUGAUAAUGUUUAUGCUGGUUGUAACGUUUCCUGAAGGAACUAACUUAACUCUUCAAUGCGAGAGGUUAUGAAGGAUUUCUAUGGUUUAGAAAAAACUAUAUCCGAUUUUAAUUAUGAAAGCGCCUGAAUAUCUUUAUUAAAACAUAUAUAGCUUAUUUUUGGCUUCUGGGCUGUGAAAA